UCAAGCGUGGGAAAACGACCAGCGAGGAAGACGCUGUUUUCGGAAGUGAAUGAUCCGUCUUCUUCGUAGUCCCGUUAAAAGUCCACGUGUGUGAUUUUCACGGUUAAACCGUAAGUUAUCGUAAAAUGGGGAAAAAGGGGAAAAAAGAAAAGAAGAUAAAAGGGGCGGAGAAGACAGCCGCCAAAAUGGAGAAAAAGGUCUCAAAGAGAUCGAAAAAAGAUGAGGAGGACCUUGAGACGUUAAUCGCAGAAUUUCAGUCACUGGACGCGAAAAAAACGCAAGUCGUGGAGACAGCGUGCCCGCCUCCGCCACCCAGGCUCCACGCGUCUCUGUGCGCGCAUCCUGACAAGGACGAGCUGAUUUUGUUCGGCGGGGAGUACUUCAACGGGAAAAAGACUUACCUGUACAACGAACUCUUCUUCUACAACGUAAAGAAAAACACGUGGGUAAAGUCAGACAUCCCCAAUCCUCCACCACGACGCUGUGCUCAUCAGGCAGUAGUGGUGCCUCAUGGAGGGGGCCAGUUAUGGGUGUUUGGGGGAGAGUUUGCUUCUCCAGAUGGGGAGCAGUUCUAUCAUUACAAAGACCUGUGGGUGCUUCACUUGAACACACACACCUGGGAACAGAUCAAAGCCCCUGGCGCCCCCUCUGGCAGAAGUGGUCAUCGCAUGGUCCUGAGUAAAAAACAGCUGCUUGUGUUUGGGGGAUUCCAUGAGAGUGCCAGGGAUUAUAUUUACUACAAUGAUAUUCAUGCGUUUAACUUGGACACCUUCACCUGGUCCAAACUGACCCCAUCUGGAACUGGCCCCUGCCCUCGUUCUGCGUGCCAGAUGACCCCAACCCCGGACGGCAGUGGGCUCAUCAUCUAUGGCGGCUACUCCAAAGCCAAAGCAAAGAAGGAUGUGGAUAAAGGGACCAUCCAUUCAGACAUGUUCCUUCUAAAGAGAGACGGCAAAGAUGAGCAAGAGAAGUGGUCCUGGGUGAGGGUGAACCCCUCCGGGGUGAAGCCACCCCCUCGUACAGGGUUCUCCCUGGCAGUGGGGCCAGCAGGUCGGGCCCUGCUCUUCGGCGGAGUCUGCGACGAGGAAGAUGAGGAGACUCUGGAGGGAGACUUCUUCAAUGACCUUUACCUUUACGACAUCCAAAAGAACCGCUGGUUUCCUGGCCAGCUCAAGGGGGGAAGGUCUGAGAGAAAAAGACGGCGCAGAGAGAAAAAAGACAGGGAGUGGGUGGGGCAGGCAGAGGCCACGCCCCCAGCGAGUAAUGAGGAGGCACAGCAUCCAGUGGAGAUUGUCAAGGAGAUCAUCACCGAGGAUGGGACGGUCAUGACCAUAAAACAAGCGAUCCCAACGGCCCAGACAGCAGCCGAGCAGAGUGAUGGUGAGGAGGAAGAAGAAGAUGAGGAGGAAGAAGAGGGAGGUGAGGAAGGAGCUACUGCAGUUCUUUCCGUGGAGCCGUGCCCGAGGUCAAGCGCCAUGGCAACAGUAAAACUUGGGAAGCUAUAUUUGUAUGGAGGCAUGUUUGAGGUGGGAGACCGGCAGUUCACCCUCAGUGACCUCUACUGCCUUGACCUGCACAAGAUGGAGCAGUGGGUGGUGCUGGUGCAGAUGGACCCCAAAACUCAAGAGUGGUUAGAAGAAUCUGAGUCAGAAGACGAAGGUCAGGAUGAGGAGGCUAAAGGUGGUGAGGAAGAUGAUGAUGAAGAAGAGACUUCAGAGGAAGAGAGCGAUGAAGAGGAAGAAGCAGAGCAUCCCCCCGUAAAGCCUGGAGAGACUCUGUCUGACUACCAGAAGAGGACAGAGGCAUACUGGCAGGGCCUGGCUCACGCCAACAUGGGGCCCAAUGCCAAAGACAAGAAGACCCAGAAAGUGGGACUUGCCAUGGCCAAGGUGUUCUUUGAAGAUCAGGCAUAGCUGUGUGUGUGUCUGUGUGUGUCUGUGUGUAUGUAUGUCUGUGUGUGUGUGUAUGUAUGUGUGCGUGUGUGCGUGUGUGUGUGUGUGUGUGUGUGUGUGUGUGUGCACGUGCGUGUGUGUGCACAAGCGCGUACGUGAGCAUGUGAAUAAGCAUGAAUGAUGGAAUCUGAGUGUGUGUGGGUGUGCAUUCAUUUUUGUGAAUGCUUAUGAAAUAAUAAAGUCUUGAGUGUAUUUCCUUCCCACACAAAGGAGUGUGUGUGUGUGAGAACACUGAAUGUAUAUACAUAUGUUGGGUUUGUAAGAGCAGCUCAACCUUUUUGAGACUAGAUUUGAGAUAUAGGACGAUACUCGUCCAAUAAAGCUAUGCCUUAUUCCAA